CAGAUAUCGAGCGAUGUAAGAUACUUUUGUGUUUUCGAGGGGCGAUGCAAAAAUGGCAUCUGCGGAUCGCUUUAAACUCGUUACUACCUCAGAAGUGAACGAAAUCAUCAACAAUGCGGUACCAGAGAACACCAAGAAAGCAACCAAGUUUGCUGUAAAGAUUUUUAACGGUUAGUGUUAGGUUUGUAAGCGAUUUUAAUAGACCCUGAGCAAACACGAUUUUUCAUGGUCUUUUUACAAUAUCGUUCGCGUAUUAAGUUCCAAAAUUUAAUUCAAGUUUGCGGUAACCUGCGCCCGACUUAGACUAGUUUGGGAGCACGAAACUAUCAUGAAACACAGCCCAACAGAUCGUGGAAGGGUAUUCCCGAGAUCCAAGGUUUUGAAAAUGCAGUGCGGGAUAAUUCGGAAAAAGUUAACGGGAUACGGGAUUUGUUUGCUACCCGGAAAGCGGGAUUCGCCAAAAUGUGGGCAGAGGAUACAGGAUUGGGAGAGAAAACGAUUGACAGAGGCUUAGGAUGCAGGAUUCUCGUGAAAAAGGAGAGUGAGUGCAGGGUGAGGACCCUCCAUUCCAGACCCUAGCCAAAAGUUAGAUUGAGAUUAAGGACGUCACUGGAAGAUGUGCCAGGUAAAGUUCAAGGCCACUGUCCAAAAAAAGUGUCUUCCCAGGGGAAAUGGUAUGAAAUGACUGUUUUUGCUUCGUAUUUACUCCAAAGAGCACUGCGACCAUUUUAAGAUUUUCAAAUUGUUGGUGUGGUGCUUAUUAAAACUUUUUAUUUGCUAAUAACCAUGUAGCAUGUCCUGGGGGGGGAGGGGGGGGGGGUUACUCCCAAUUUCAAGUGACAGAUAUGAUUGAAUGGGGGCAAAAAUGAAGACCAAAAAAAAAACGCCCAAAUCCUGUUUUGACUGCUUGCAGUUUAGUUUUAGCAUUUUAGCAUAUAAACCGUGCAAGUCAAAAGUGAAUAAGCAUCACUCACUACCACAAUGCUGUUAGGAUAUAGCCCCAGGCUCUCGGUUAAAAGUGACAGGAGGUGCAAAGGAGUUUUGGGGAAAAGUUCACAAUUUCAGGAUUUUUUUAAUAAGAAAAUUUUAGCUAGUAUUUUUUUACAGCUGUAGCACUUUAAAUUUUCAAUUUAAAGGGAUGGCUUGUUUAGUUGUAAGAGAACUCCAUGCAGAAAGAGACAUGUGUUUUUAUGUAUACCCAGGUUUCCUAGAAAUUCCAUAGCGGAACCUAAUGCUGGUUGUAAAGGCUAAAAAUGAUGCCCUGUUGUGUUUUAGAGUGGUUCUCACAGCAAACAGAGUUCUCAACCCAGCUGGAAGAAAUGGAGAAAGCUGAGCUGUCUAAGUGCCUUGAGAAGUUCUACCUUGGUGCGAGACAAAAAGACGGAUUUUUUUACAAAGCUAACACCUUAAGGAGCAUCAGGGCAGGUCUUGACAGAUAUUUGCAAAGUCCAGACUUAAAGAAGCCAUUCAGUAUCAUAACAGAUCCUGAGUUCUUCCAGGCAAAUAAAGCACUAGAUGCCUUUGUAAAAACACUGAGAAAAAGUGGUGAAAUUGCUGAAGUAGUCCACAAAGGAUCACUCACUCCAGAAAUUGUGGAGAAGCUAUUUCAGUCUGGUCAGCUUGGUCCAGCCAACUCGAAAGAUCCCUCUCAGCUCCAGAAUACUGUCUGGUUCUACAUUUCUAUUUACUUUGGCAAGAGAGGCAGGUUUAGUUUGGGUGAAAACCAACGAAAAAUGACCAAGCACAUGUUGGCUCUUAGAACAACUCUCAGUGGUCGACGGUUCUUUGAAAUCAACCGAGGCGUAACUGGUACCCUCAUGGCCAACUCCAUCACCCACCAAGGUGUCGUCAAAAGUGUAGAAGAAGAGUGGUCCAGUGCAAAAAUGUUUGAAUGUCCAGGAUCACCAAGAUGCCCAGUUGAGACCGUGAAAAACUAUCUUCUCCAUUUACAUCCUGGGGCGGAGUUCUUCUUCCAGAAGCCUCGAGCCCUCAGUGGAGCAAAGUUCAAUCCUGCCCUUGAUCAGAUAUGGUAUUGCAAUGCUCCAUUAGGUGACAGGUCUCUGGGAGAAAUGAUGAAGAAAUUGACAUCUAGGGCUGGCAUUUUUCCCUAUUUGACAAACUACUGCAUUAGAGCCACAAAUGUGGAUGUGCUUGGCUAUGAAAAUGUUGAAGCCUGCCAUUCAAGACCAUUGGUUAGUUUGAUGGCAUGAUAGAUAGCUGAAAUUAUACAAUAGUUUUAGGCCACUCAUUGUUAUAGAGUCAUUUUACUACUUGGUAUUUGUUCAAUCUACCAUUAUUUAAAUUCAACUAAUGAUGCAACUUAAGACACUAGACAAUUUGGAUGCAUGAUAAGUAUUACAAUAAAUAAUUAGAAGCAACAGUGCAAUGUAAUUUACUGACUGAAUGUCAAAGUUUUUCAAAAUACAUGUUGAAAGAGGAAAUACCCAGACAUUUCGAGGGUGCUCCAUCAUCUUUAGUGGACCACUGAAGAAGAGGAAGCACCCUUAAAAUGUCUGGUUUUUCUCCUUUUUCAACAUGUAUUUUGAAAAACUUUGGCAUUCACUCAAUUUGGAGGCGUUGUGGUCUACAUGUAGUGUUUAUCACAUUGGACCUCAGAUCUGUAGGUUUGGGCUCGAGCAUGCCACCAUUUCAGGACCCAAACAGUCCAUUUAGUAUGACUGCCUGUUUCACAUGCCCAUCUGCACAUCUGCACAUUCUGUCAUAUGUCCUAUGUAAAAAGUUAAACAUAGCAGAAACAGGCCGAAAAGAUGCAUCAAACCAAAAGUUUGCCAUUGAAAAUAAUCUUGCCAAUCAUUCCAGCCAAAAUGUUUCACUAAGGCAACACAGAAAACUACAAAAAAUCUUGAACAAAACUCCUCUUAAAGUUUCAAUGUGGCACUCUUGUCCCCACAGUACCAUGUGCCACCAAACACAUACCUCCAGCACUCAGUGUAUAAACCAUGCACAACCCACAAUCCCCUGAUUCACUCUGACCAAGAGCUCAAAACAUAAGCUUCUCAAACCCUCUACAGUGGCCAAACUCAGUUUGUAAUCGCCCACAAAUAAUAUUUUUUCAGACGUAUAAACUGUUCGUAGUCCCCUAUUUUUUGUCAAGAUUGUCAGGGUCGAGUGCUUACCACUACGGGUGGCUAUUUUUUGUUUCAUAUGUACCGAGGGGUUAAGGCAUGGGCAUAAAUUUGACACUCAUCCUCAAGCUAGACUCGGACUAUUUGAGACUGGUGGCUGUCCAUAAUUCUGCAAAGCGCUCAAUCUUGACAAUCUUACAGAAAAAUAGGGGACUGUGAACAUUCUAUCAGAUGUAUUUAGUUUGCAUAUUUCAGCUGAAUGUUUUACAUAAUUUACUGUUAUUUGCAGCUUUGUUCAUUUUAGUCUUUGGUCUGCCUAUGUCCCUUACUUUUUUGUCUUGUCUCUUUCAGACUCUAAGUAUUGCUGAAGCAGCAGAGAGUGUUUCAAUGGAUGAAAGUGAAUCAGAUAAAUGCACUUCUUCAUCAUUUAACUUGUGGAUGCCAGAAUCUUUAGAACUGUUAAAGAAACUUACUGGUGAUUUGAUAGACCAUGGAAAAGGAGACUGGAUAAAGCACACAGAUGAUCUAUCCUCUUCAUCAUUCAAUGGUGAAAAGAAAUUGUUCACAAAAGCAGUAAACUCUGAAUUUCCAGGGAAAUUCUUUGAAUAUCAGUAUUUUGUCAAUAAAGACAAGCGGAAACUAAAAGGUGUUGUUCAGUUUGGACCGUACACCCAAGGCACACCAGGGUAAGUCAGUUUCUGGACUUUAUUACUGUUUUAUUUAUUGCUGUUGCUGUUUGAUGCCUUGAGCGUGACCCACCGUAUGUUGUCGAGAGCUUUUAAUGGGGAGCUUAAGCAAAGACGUUUUUCAACGACACAUGUCAACUGGAAGUGAGGCCUUGUCCUUUUUUUAAAAUAUUAAAAUAUGCCUUGAUGUAACCAAAUUUGUUUUGCUAGGUUCCUUUACUCUUACAGAGACAAUUUGCUUGAAAAUGCAGGCAAUACCACCGCUGAAGAAUUGAAAAAAUACUCUUCUCACUGGUAGACGUGCGUCAAUCAAAAACAUCUUUGAUUAAGCUCCCUAUUACAGCUGGCCUGGGUAGCAGAGUUUCUUUACAUAUAUGUAUUAGAUUGUGCUCAGGCUACUCUGGGCCAUGGAUGAGCAAAACAUGGAAAAUUUUAAAGAUUUUCCAUUUUAUUUGGCUCAUCCAUGUCCCUGUGUAGCCUGAGCACAAUCUAAUACAUAUAUUAUAAGGAACUCCCCUGCCCUGGGAAGAGAUAAGCCAGCAUUUUUCAAGUUUUCCUAAAUGCAUGUCACUUAGAUUUCAAGUUGCUGGGUAAACAGAACAAGUAGGCAGGGAAUAAAACAGCUAGGUUUUUCUUUUGGUUCUUAAUUUUUCUUCUAUUUUCCUAUGAAAGUAUUCGGGGGCCACAUUCAUUGCCACUGGGGGAAAUCCUAGCGCUGUCCCUGUCUCUUUAUAUAUCAUUUUUUUCUUGGUUUGUAUUAAGGCAUGAUUUCUAAUGGCUAGGAAUUAUUUCCUGUUACAGGGUACAGUCAAUUCCUGUUAAUACCUGACACUGAGGGGACCAAAGAAAGUGUCCUUAUUAACUGGGCUGGUACUUGGUUGAAUUUAGGGAAAAUGUAAGGGCUUUCUUUCCACAGGGACAAAGCAAACUGUCCGUAAUAAUGAGGUGUCCUUACUAUUAAGCAGGUGUCCAUAGACCGGGGCUUGACUGUACAUGUUGGUACAUGUACGUAGCACCAAUUGGGUCAAUAAGAAGACUUAUCUUCCCCAGUUUGAAGUCUGCAGUUUGUAUAAGUACCCAGCCUUUUAAAUAACAGUAAUAUUAAGUAUAACUCUCUUGUGUUAUGUUGAUAGCUGUGUUCAUCGGGGUGCAAGUACAUGCAUAUUGGAUGAUGCCAUCAAUGCCUGUGUAAACAGAUGUUUCUCUCAUUGCAUUACAGCUUCAUUGUCCAUGGAGUACAAAAGGUAAGGAAAGGAAAAUAAUAUCAGGAACGAUUAUGGCUCUAAGAACUACCACAAAAAAACCUGAAAAUGUUCAGAUGGUUGUACCAAGAUAGGCAGGGUCAUGAGUCUUCUGAUGUGUUAAAAGUAUAUAACACUAAUGCCAGUGCAUGGAUAACAAUUUUUAUCAUGCUUCUUAGGGCUGGAUUUACAUUUAGGGUUUUGAUGGGGAGUGGGGUAUCUCAGUUACAAACUUUGUAUCUAAAGUGAUUCGAGGAAGAAGGCCUUUAACCAUUCAUCCUGAUGAGAGUUCUCCUAUUGUUUUCUCCUCUUUAACCCUGAAAGUCCCAGUAGUGACCAACAACAAUUUUCUCCUAACAAUAUAUCCAUAUGUUUCCAAGAAAAAUGGUUAUGAGAGUUAAUAAAAUGAUCACUAUAAAGAGAAAGUGCUUUGAUCUGUUAUCAAACUCUUAUUUAUUUCUUUAAAGAAAAGUAUAAAGAUCAGUAUGGAGAAUUUAUAAAAUUAUGUGGAUAUUGGGACUUAAAGGGUUAAAUGGGUCAUUAUAGCCUGCACCACAUACGAAACUAAACAGGCUUGAAGCUUUGUUUGGUUUUACGGUAUUUUAAAAAAUGAAGAAAAAUACAGUCAGGCAUAGAAGGUGACGACUGAUUGUGGAAAAGUAAUGCACUGAUCUAUCUCGUCACAGAUGUUUCUUUCAAAAUAUAGUAAUGUUUCUGCUAAAGAUUAUGUUAAUUUCUGAUGAACGGCGGUUGAAUGGUCAAACAGGUGUUUGUGGGUGUUGCAGAAGCCAUUGUUGGUUCACUUUCAUGUUUUGUUGUCGGUAUUGUUUGGUGUCUUUUCAAUCUUUUGUGUUAUGUCAUUUGGUGAUUGCACCCAUCUGCAAACUACCUGCCAACUUCCAUUAAGCACCCACUUGCUGGUACCACAAGGGUUUCCUGCACUGGUACCCCAAGGGUGGCCAGUGCUGGUACCCCAAGGGUGGCCGGCACUAGUACCCCAAAGGUGUCCGGGUCUGCUACCCCAAGGGUGGCCAGCGCUGGUACCCCAAGGGUGGCUGGCGCUGGUAACCUGAGGGUGGCCGGCGUUGGUACCUCAAGGGUGUCCUGCACUGCUACCCCAAGGGUGAUGGGCACUGCUACCCCAAGGGUGGCCGGCUCUGGAACCCCAAGGGUGGCCAGCGCUGGUACCCGAAGGGUGGCUGGUGCUGAUACCCUAAGGGUGGCCGGCACUGGUACCCCAAGGGUGGCUUGUGCUAGUACCCCAAGGGUGGCCAGUGCUUGAUGGAAUUGUGACUGUAUUAUUUUUAUUUUAAAGACUGGAAGAAAUUCCAAGAUGUUAGCUUCUUGUAGAAAUUUUAUUAAUUUUUUUGAAAGAGCGUCGUCUAUUUUGCAAUGGAACUAGCCAUCUGCAAAGGUUACAAACAUUCUUAAAAACAAUUGAAAAUUAAGAAAGUAAAGUAAAGGGAUGCAUGAUGUAUGUAUUUAGUGAGAAAGUCCUCCCUCAUAUUAACAUUGUGGCAAAAAGUAAAUCAGUUUUUAGUCAAACGUGAAGAAUCCAAUCAUAUUAACUCCAUCUCUCUCUAUUCAUAUGAAAAUUCGAACAUUUUUAGUUUUUGUUUUUAGUUUUCUUCCUCUAGGAUCUACUACACUGGUCGAAUCCAGGGUUGACAAGGUGGAAGGGAAAAUAAUAUUUUGCUCAGCCGAACUGAAGUCACCGGACGGCAAAGUGACAUUUGUAACUGCUAAUGCUUUGUUUAUUCAACUGGAUACACAAGGAAAAGGUGCAGUUGAUGUAGAUAUAGAGGACAUUACAUGGCCGCGCGGAGAUACGAAAUUUCUCUUCGAGUGUUGAAAAAUAUUUCACCAAAUAGCGCAACGAACGAGUGAAAUAUUUUUUCAACACGAGAAGAGAAAUUUCGUGUCUCUAAGCGGCCAUGUAAUGUUCUAUUUAUCAUAUAAACACCAAUGAACUACCAAACCAUUUCACUUGAAUAGUUUUUUUGGUGUGAAAGGCGCGAUUUAUUAUGUAGUCAUAGCAACGGUGAUAUUUUCACAUGUGAAGAUAUCAAGUUUUCGCGCGAAAGCUCACCUGUUAUUUCAUUGGUGUUAUACAAUAAAACAUGAUACUUCCUUUUAGAGACCUUAGUUGUUAAUUUUAUCAUGGUUAUUGAGCCGUAAAAAGCUUUUACCGGCGCAGAAGAAAUACAGUGCAUGAGAUAAGUGAUAUGCGCGAGAGGACACGCCCGAGGUGGUAACUUGCGUAGCUGAUGGAAUUUCUUUUGCGUGUGUGUGAGGCAAAGCCGCGAGCAAGUUUCAAAACGCUCCUUCCAUUUUCCACAUGACCUUGCAGCUCCUCUGCCAACAUUUUGAUCGCGCUGACGAUCCCGCCGGCUACACAGGCUAACAAGGUGAGAGGUAGCCUCAUUGCUUUGCCACUCAGUUGGUGUUAUGCACAGUUUCUUUCUGCACCUUAUCGGUUCGUAAAAGUGUGCAUUAUAUUUAUUUAUUGUAGCUUUUUUUGAAAUUCAUCACUCGAGGAACCGGGCCCCGAACAAUUAAAUGCAAAUUUUGUUGUUAUAUUAGUUCACAACCUUAGAAUUGGAAGCGCAGCAAUUGCGCGCAAACGUUUGAAGAAGAGAUUAUAGAUGGUAAAGGAACUAUGUCAAAACAUGGCUGUGGAAAUUGUAAGAUGUAAUUUAGAAGAAAAUGAACCUGUCUCUUUGAUCGUAAUGAUGUAUACAGUAAAACCCCGCAACUAAGAACCUGGAUUUUAAGAACCUGUUAGGCCAAAAUUUGCCAGUUAAGCCCCCGUCUAUUUGAGAACCUUUUUAGCCCAAAAUCUGAAACAGGCUCUUACUUUCUAAAAUCUAUGAAAAACUUGUGCACACUUAGACAAACAUAAGAUAUGUGCGACUGAACCACCAAAUACUCUUAGCUAUACUGUAUUUUUUUUUCUUUGCAAACUAAGAACCUAUUUAAGAACCUACAUAGCCUAAAGGUGUGCCAACUACAAUUAAUACAAGAACCUGUUUAGGUUAACUUGGAAAAAUCUAGGUUCUUAGUUGUGGGGUUUUACUGUAUAACAGGAAUGCCAUUGAUCUCCAAAAAAGCCGCACGAGUGAUUAACAAUUUACUGUCUAAGAAAAAGAAGAGGGGGAUGGGAGGAGUGUCGCUUACUUGAGGGUGGCGCUUAUUUUAAAUGUUGGCCCAAUGCGAUGGGCUGUUAUUUGAAAGGAUCGCGGCUUUGUGCUCAUGCAACCUUUGUUGACCAUAAAGAAGAAGGGGAUGGUAGGGGUGUCGCUUACUCAACGGAAAGCGCUUAUUUUGACUGUUGAGGUGAUACUUGGUGCUCUUAUCUGAAGGGAUUACUUAUUUGAGGGGAGGCGCUAAUUCGAGGUUUUACCAUUUCACUAAAAAUAUCAGUUUCUUUAAAUUAAUCCUAGGGAGGUAGGAAGGAAGUUGUUGAUUUCACCAAAAAAGUUCUUUUGCGGCUUCUUUAUUUCACGAUAUUCUUUCUGAAAUCGGGAAAAUUAGUGAUGAUGAGACAUUAUUAUCAUGGACUUUAGCCAUUGCGGGCAAUAAGCGGGGGUCCGAAAGGCCGUAAUCGCUAUAAGCGAGAGCUGACUUUUUGAUCUCAUUUUAGCUUCCAGCAGCGUUCGAGUUGAACAGAACGCACAAACAAGAGUUUUAAACUCGUCUAAUGAUCAGAUAUCAAGUGACGAUGGAUUCAGUGGGAACUCCCGCGCAGACACUACCGAGAGAAAGGCAAGAACCCUAAAUAGAAAUAUGCACAUAAAAUGUUAUAUAUUUUUGUUCUCCCCAGGGACAGUGUAUACUGCCAGUGAACUAUUGCUCAAAUUUGAUGACUGUUUCACGAGUUCCUGCAAGGUGCUUUUCUCGGCGUUCUGAGCUCAGUGCGUCACUGUGACGUAUCCGACUCGAAGGACCGCUUCUUCGUUAGGAGUGCGUGACCCAAAGCAAUCUGAUCGCGCGUCUCUCUGUGACAUGACAAUUAGAUUUCAAGUUCUGUUAUAUGUACAGAUAACAUUCGCCGGUAGAUAAAAUAGUUCAUCGAAAAUACAUAAAAAUUAUUUACGUAUUUUCUGCUGGAAUCUUAUGAGUUUGUAAUUUUUGUUCUUUUCCCGAAAUUCUUUUCGUAGAUGCGUGUGCGUUCAACCCUUCUACAACAGCUUAAGGACCUAAAGGCUUUAAAAGAUGAUGGCGUUUUGUUGGAAAGUGAAUUUGUAUCACAAAAGGAAAAGCUGCUGAGAGAGCUAAAUUCUCUCUAAUUUAGCCUGUUCACAGAUCCUAAAAAGAAAUAUGCACAAAGAAUGUGAUACAUUUUUAUUAACCUCAUGGACAGUUUAAACUGCCUUGGCAUUCGCGCUCGUUCUCGGGCUCGGCGCUCGAUGGCGCGCUGUGGAAUUGUCGAAAGACAAAGGAAAAGCAUCUGUGGACAGGCUAUAUUUAAUUAAAAUCUAUAACUGACUUAUGAAUCUUUACGAAAUGGUCUGUCGCGACUGAUUGUUUCCACAAUAUUUUUUUUAAAAAUCGCCCAACCUGUUCAUGGAAAAUUAAAAGACCCAUCCC